AUGGCAUCGGAAGACGAGGAAAAUAACCAUGUCGUGGUCCCCAGUCAUGCAAUCCAAGCUCUGACCAAUGAAUUCAGAGGUGGAGUCGGAGAAGUGCAAGAAGCCAUUCGCAAGCUGAGAGAAGAUCUUCAGAGCAGCGAAGCAACAACUGAUGCAUCAAGAAGGAGUCUGCCAAAGGCUGAAGCAACCAUUGACCCGGAUCACCAAGCAGAACUCGCUCGAGCCGAGGAUAAAUACGAUAAACUCCUCGAAGCAUAUGAGCAGCAAGCCUUGAUAAUCUCGCAGCUUCAAAGUAUGAGGACCCGGACGGGGCCUAAAUUCGGAACACCAACUGAUGACGAGAUAAUCAACGACUUCACCCGGCUGAAGGGUGCCAUUCUCCAGCUUGUUCGAAAUCAUAUAGUUGCCAAAGGUAAAAAAGGCAUGGAAUCGAUUGAUCCGCUUUGGGUACAGAGUCAAGUGGCAAGCGGUUUGCAUCAAAAUUAUUUUACCAAAACGGCACGGCCCUUUGGGUUCAGGAGUACCGAGAUAAACGAUGCGCUCCAACGAUUAGAGAUAAACGCAGAGAUUCUGGAUUAUGACGGUAGGAUGCCAGUCACUCCACUACCUUGA